UUUUUCUCUGUGAAUCAGUGGUUAUUGCUUUGUUGAUUUUAAUUUGUAGACCGUGGGAUAAUUUGCUUUAAUUUACCAAGAACACUAGAUUUCUAAGCGUGAGAAAUUCAUAUUUUACUACUUCCACUUUUAAAGCAAGUGAUUAGUUACUUUUUGUGUGAUAAUCCUUAACGAUGGCCACACUUGACGAUAAGAUUUUGGGUGAGAAGCUGCACAAUUAUUGCAGUAGCAGUGAGGACGAGGGCGGGUCUGACGACGACGACAGGAGCGGCGACGAGGACGCGGGCGGCUCCAAGGCGGCCGACCCCGAGCCGCCGCCCCCCGCGCCCGUCAACAGCUGGUCGGGAACAGCCAGCAACACCGGCCCUAAGGGCGUGUUGGAAGACUGGAGGAGAUUCAAACAACUAGAAGCAGAAAACCGGAAAGAACUUGAAAAGGAACGCAUAGCGCUGGCCAAGAAACUCACACUGUCCACCAGAACAGAGAGGGAGGAAGCUGAGGCUAAACAGUCUGAGGAAUUAGAGGAUGAACUGAGUGAACUACUUGAUGAAGAGUUCUUGUUACAGUACCAAAAGCAGAGAAUGCAAGAACUGCUGUCGCAUUUACAGAAGGUUCCCAAAUUUGGUAAGCUGAUAACACUGAAUGAUGGGGAAGAGUUCUUGAAAGCUAUUGAUAAAGAAGAUCCUAAUGUAACAGUGAUAAUUCACAUUUACAAUGAGAGGAAAGUGGCUUGUGAGUGCAUGGAUGGGUGUCUCAACAUUCUGGCUGCAGAUUAUCCUACUGUGAAGUUCUGUAGGAUCGCUGCAAACAUCACAGGGCUCAGCAAGCACUUCCGUGUGGAUGGAGUGCCGGCCCUGCUGGUGUACAAAGGGGGACAAAUUGUUGGCAACUUUGUUCAGCUGGUAACAGAGCUUGGAACAGACUUCUUUGCAACUGAUGUGGAGAAAUUCCUUAUUGAGUAUGGACUGCUACCUGAAAAUUAGGACAUCAGGAUAGACCAAUAAUAGCUUCUUUUAUUUUUUGUACCUUAGGUAAGUAAGAUUAGUUUGGAUUGUUUAUUGAUAACUGAAUCAUCUUAGAAGCCCACCUAAUAUUUCAAUUUCAUACCUGAUUAAUACAUGAAUUCAACUACUGGUAGAAUUAGAAAAUGUUUGUGUGUGUGUGUAUAAUGUAAUCAUAAAUUAAUCUUGAGAUUAUAGUUUUUGUUAGUCUCACUUUCAUUGCAUUAUGUAUCAGUAUUACUAUGCAUUCUUAAAAGGAAAACUUUGUGAAAGUUGAAAUCAAUCAUCAGUCUACUCUCAUCACAUGAGAAAGUUAUUUAUAGUUUCAUAGUUUUUGUCUACUAUAAAUUACAGAUAGUAUAGCAUAGAAAUACCUAGUGUGUAUCAUUAAAUAUAACAUGGCAUUUUGGUAUAGGGGUUGACAUCACAUUAAUGCCUUAAAACUACAACUAUAUAUUUGAAGUAAUUUAGAAUAUUAAAGUGUGUUCAAGGUUUUAAAAAUAGGUAAUUGAGUUUUAUAAGUAUGUAUUCUAUGUGUAACUAAGCAUUUUUUAAGGAUAUCUAUAGAGAAAGGAAUUGAAACUCAAAAGCUGUUUAAUCCAAGAAAGUACAAUGGAUUUAAUAAUAAAUGAACCCUGAGGAUACCCAGGUAGCAAGUUUGUGACUUGAUGAAUAAUUCAGAUAUGAGGGCCAAAGCCAGAUCCGAAUAAUUAAGGGUUUCAAGGUUUACUUUAAAUUACAAAUAUUUUCCAAAAAGUAAUAAAUUAAAUUUUAAUUAAGUGUAGAUUCUAAUAUUAUUAUGAUUGCUGCUGAUCCAAAUGGCUCAUAGCAAUACAAUGCUAAUAGAUUAAGUUAUUGUGGUUUGAAUUUUUAUCUAUUUAAGUACUCUGAUUUAAAAAGUUGGGUUAAGAAGUUUGAAAGCAUAUUAUUAUUGUGCAUGAAAAUACGGUUGCAUUUUUUCAUAUAAAUCAUUAAAUUAUUCAUUGGUGCUCUAAUUUUUGUUCAAAGACCUGUCAUUGUUUUACAAAUAAACCUAAAUCCUUUCCUAAA